CUCCUUGUAUAUGAGAACCGCCUUUCUCUCUCUAACCGUGAGCUGCAAAAUACUCUCUCUUGUUUCUGUCUCCAAAGGAACAAGUGAAAGCGAGAAACAUACACAGAAACACCUAUCAACCUACCACCUGGGCUCUUUCUUAAUCCGUCAUAAACUUUAUAGAAUGUUGUUUUGAUAAAGCCAACAUUCAUACAAGAACGAGGCACAUUGAGAUUAGUGGAGGAGAGAAGAAGAAGAAAUGGGAAAGUACAUAAGGAAGUCAAAGACAACAGGAGUAUUGGCGGUGAGUCAUGCCCAAUGCUCACUUGGGGUCCGGACGAGGUCUAAAACGCUAGCCCUUCAACGCCUAGAGAAUUCCUCCGCCGUCGCCACGGCGCCGGCUGAAGGCUGUGAUGAUGGGUGUUACAUGCAGCUGAGAAACAGACGCCUGGAGAAGCCCGCACCCUCAGUUGUCGCAGAAGCGAAAAGACUGAAACACCAUUCCCUGGAGGAGCCAAAUUCAAACAAAGCUAGAGUGGGGCCCAACAGCGUGGAAAAUCGUGGGAAAGAAAAGGAAAAGGAAAAAUUGGAGGAAAAACGGGAGGAAAGCUCGGUGGAGGCUUCAUUUGGAGAAAAUGUGCUCGAAUAUGAAGACAAAAGAAGGAACACUAGAGAAAGCACGCCUUGCAGCUUGAUUAGGGACUCAGACGCCAUCAGAACUUCUGGUUCUAGUGACAGGCCUACCACUGGAGAUGAUGCCAAUAGCAGAAUGCAAAACCCGAUGCUAAGAGACAUUCCGACUGCAAAUGAAAUAAAUGAGUUUUUCUCCCGUGCAGAAAAUCAACUGCAUAAGCAAUUUGUUGAGAAGUACAACUUUGAUCCCUUGACCGACAAGCCCCUCCUGGGACGUUAUGAAUGGGUGAAACUCAAACCUUAGAUUUGCUUUUGCCAGACUUCUGCAGUUUCUUGUUUAAUACUAGGGAAAACUACGAAAAAUCAUAGGAAACUUGCAGGUUUAAAUGGUCACUUGUAAAAACAGCAGGGUAGCCAGUUUACACUGUAGACUAAUGAUCUGUAUCAUAAAAGAGCUUUUAACUUACCCAUAUACUAACAGAUCAUCAGAAACAGAAGGAAAGGGAAAGCAGGUCUUAGUUUUCAUGUUCAAUGAAUUAGAUUUUCGUCCUAGCCGUAAAGAAGUUAAUUAGAACGUGUUGUAUUCCUCUAAUGUACUGAUUUGUUAUCUAUAUUUGUACUGACGGAAUCUCUCUGACUAAACUCCAAAUAAAUUGAUCGCGUUUUCCCUUUCA